AUGUCGGAUAAAGGACAUAUUUUUUGUGGUUUUAAACAUCCUAAAGUUGAGCGAGAAAUUCAUUGGGAAAAAGGUUCUAUAGCUUUUAUUGAGGAUGGAGAUACUAUAUCAUCACGUCGGUUCUGGGCUGCUAAAAUACCGAUUUUUGGCUAUCGUCCUGAUGACGAUCUUUUUUUUCAUGAAGAGCCGCAACAUCGUCGUCGUUACCUAAAUUGGCUUUGCUCUUAUCUAGAUCUAAGUUAUAUGGAUUUGGUAACACACUAUGAGCAAACAUUAAAACAACGUAAUGCAGCACUACGCGAUCAGCGUACAGCAGAAAAAGAGUUUCUUGUUUGGGAACAAGAGUUAGCUAAUUUAGGUGCUCGUCUUUAUCAUCUACGUACAGAUACUGUAUUACGCCUUUGUAAACAAUAUGCCAGGUUAUGGGAAUGUAUGGACUGUGAACCAGCCUUUUUGCGUUAUGUUCCUGGCGGAUCUGGUGAUGUUCUUGAGAUACAAAAACAGCUUGCUAUAGAUAGACCUAAAGAUAUUCAGCGUGGUUGGACACGUUUUGGGCCACAUCGAGACGAUCUUCUUAUUGAAAGAUAUCAGCGACCUAUCAAGGAUAGUGGUAGCCAAGGAUACCGUAAACUAGCGAUUAUUCUUUUAUCUGCUGCCUGUGCUCUUACUGUGACAACAAAAGAGAGCAAAACACAUCUUUUUUAUCUAGACGAUAUUGAAGGAGAACUUGAUGACCAAAAUGAAGUCAAGUUAUUCAAGUUGUUAGCCGAUCAACCUUUUCAACUAUUUUUAACUGCUGUGCGAAAACCUCAAGUAUUAAUUAAUACUAGACAAGAAAAUCAACUGCAAUGGGUUGAACUUUGA